UUGCUGGUAGUCGCAUGCAUCCUUGCCGAGUUACGCCACGCAAACUGCGAGCUCAAUUGGGGUGUAUUUAUCCUGCUCGCCUUUGUUGGCUUUUUUGUGGUCAUUGUCGCCCCGGCUAUCGUCUGGCGCGCACAGCGGUACAAGGAUGCCCAUGGAAUACGGAACGAGAUCCUGAUAGAUUUGACAGCGGGUACGAUCUGCUGUAUCAUGGCCAUCAUAUGGUACUAUCGUUUUAACGGCACGCUGGUCAGGACACCUGAAGGCGUUUAUUUUGACAAGUUUUUUGCUCCGCGCAAUUGGCUCGUAUUCUUUACUACGAUCAGCCAUUUCACAUCGGUCGUGUAUCCCAUCUCCCAGCUGCUACCGGAAUGGUUUAAGUUUCGAACGCGAAACGAGGACAGAAGCAGCUGUCAUAGCGGCGAUCGACGUGGUUCCCAGAGUUCACGGACAGACCGGCCCAAUGUUCCUCAAACGCCUGAAGCACUCGAAAAGCUACUGCGAGAUCCGGAGGCGGUGGAAGAGCUCGUACAACUGGCGGUGCAAGAUUUCAGUUCUGAAAACGUGCUCGCAUACAAGGAAUAUUUGAACCUCGUCGACCGGCUC